AUGAAAGAAUCACCGGACUAUCGAAUUGGUGCAUUUCAUUUUCCACAUGCUUUACAUGGGAUAUGUGGAUUCACGUUUGGACUAAUGAUUGGGUUUAUAAUAUGGAGUAUUUAUCGAUUGAAGAAAGAGAAAAAACAGCGAUUAGCUUUCAUAAAACUUGUCGUUUAUUUGGUAAGUCAAUUUUUUUAAAUUUUAAGUUUUUGAAUUUUUUUGCCAAAGGCUUCCUCUUUUUCUCCCACUUUUCUUAAGUGAUCUCUCUUCCUAUUCUUGGGACUAAUUUUGUCUUAUUCUAAUAUUAUAUUACCUAACCAUUGCGACAAUAACUUUUUUUUAGCGUGAAAUAACAGCAAUAGCUCCGAUAAGUAACCCCGAAGUUCAUGGCAACUACAAAACUACCCAGGCCGAUAACGUCUCCAAAACAUUACAAACUCUGGAGCAAGAGAACAAAAUCAAGGUUCCGAUCGACGAGGUUGUUCAAGCAGCCUCAAUGGUCGAUGAAUUCAACAAAACGUGUGGAGAUACAAAUGAAAAUUCAGUGUUAGGAGCAGUGAAAGUCCCAGAUGUGAAUGCACCACAUUCUAGCAGUACUGGAGGGGUAAGUUGUUUUAUUAUGGAGGUAUGGUAAAGUAAGGUUAGCUAGGGUAAAGUAUGGUAUGGCAGAGUAAACUAGGGUAUGGUAAGGUACAAGACACCGAAAGUUAGGGUCAAACAAGCCGAAAUAAGUAAUUGUAUAAGAAACCAGUGAAGGGUACUAUAAGAUACGGUAGGUAUAUAAAGAAGAGUAAGCAAUGAUCGAAAAAAAACUCUUGAUGAAGUUUCUACAGAGAUGAUUUUGAAGCUAGUUUUCUAUUUUUUCAGUUUGAAGCCAUGAGCAAAGGAUCUUCGAAGAGCAAUAAGAGCAGUCGUACUAAACGCAGUUCUUUCGAACCCUUAAGCAAGAAGGAAGAAUGA